AUGGCUGCCGUGGUGGAACAGGAAAGUGAAACCCAACUCUGCAACAAUUGGUAAGAAAGGAAACUUGUUUGUUUCAGUAACUGCCAACUCUGUGUGUAUGCAAUUGGGUUGCCUGAUUAGCUCUGUUUCAGAACCAUUGCUCUAAUUUAUCAUGUUUACUUUACUUGUUUUAGUAAACAAAGCUAAGAACUUGGAAGUUGUCAUCCUUGCUUAAUAUUUAUUUGCAAUUGGCAUCCAUUCACUGCUGCUAAUGAACAUGUGAAAUGGAAAAUUUUCAGCAGGAAAAAUAAUUUAAGAAUUAUUGUGUCCCAAUCUGGGGUUGUUGUUUGUUUCUCCUCAACAAGCCACAAUUGCUAGCCCAUCUUAAGCAAAUAUUCAUAUUGGUUUAUGGAUUGUAGCUGGCUAGGGAGAAACAAACUGAUCUCUGGUUUGGAAAUAACAACAAAUCAUGGCUUUCUUAUUUUCAUACUUGCACUAACUGGAGUGAUUGUACAGUAUGCAUACACAUGCUGCUCCUUCAUGGUAAACCACAAGAAGCCAGAAAUCCUGGCUUAUGGUUGUGUGAGUGUGGAUGGGGGCGGCGGAGAGACAGGUUAUGGUGGAGGAUGGGAUUAGUGCAGCUGACUCAGGAGCUGGUGUGUAAUUGUGGCUUUUCUCUCCUUCACUCUCUGGAGAUGUGAGCUUUGUCUCCUGAGAGAACAUCCCUGCUGGUCCAUGGAAGGGGGAAUGAAUUGAAUAGUGCCCAAAAGACUGAGCUGAGGACUGCAAAAUCCCUUACUGCCAUAUGCUCUCUCUGUGGACUGUGGCUGCAGCUUCAGUGCCACGCAGAUGGCAAUACGAAGUAAUACUGGUUGACCUUGUAGGGUUUGCUUGGGUUAGCUUUCUUUUAAAAAAUCAUUUCUUUUGCACCUUCCUCACCCAGCAGCUCUACUCCAAAUCAGUGUUCUAAACCGCAAUUCCCUGUUAUCUUUUGCACCUUGCCUGUUUUGUUUCCAGCAAAAAAGACAUUCCUGCGGCAAACUUCACCAUCCAUGAGAUCCAUUGCAGUCGAAACAUAGGGGUAUGCCAUAUCUGCAAGGAGUCUUUCCCAAAAUCAGAAAUGAGGAGUCACCUGGAGCUGGAACACACGCAGGUGACAAGCAGCCCCUUUCCCCCUUUAUGCAACGGCUUCUCUAUGGUAGGCAGGUUUAAUCACACGCUGGUUUGUGUGUCUGUUUGUUUUUCAAUCUCAGGUUGUCUGUAAGUGCAGCAUGAAGAUGGACAGUGGUCUUUUGCAGGAGCAUGUGGUCAGUAAGCAUAUCAUUGACUCGUCUUUACCUGAUGAUGCAGGGUGGGACUAACAAAAACUGCAAGGAGUGGAUUAUGUAUGCGAGCCUUCAGGCUAUUACGAUUUUUUUAAGGCACUUGCACAUGGUUCUUUGUGGAGAGCAACAAUCACAAGCAGGGGAGCUUUUUGUAAACAGGAAGAGAGUUGGUGGCAUAGUGCAGGAUCCAGGCUCUUCCCUACAGAGGAGAGGGGCCCAUAGAUGGGCUUCAGGGCUAGCUGCUGGUGUAAGGGAGCUUCUUAUGUGCCUAUUAAGGGCUGCUUCUCUGGGUUGGCAUUUUUACCAACCUGCACUAUGGCCCCACCUAGAGCUUUUUUUUCUAAAAAGAAAUGUUUAGGGGUACUCUCAUUCUGACUGAAGAAAAUCACCAUUUUAUAGCUCCAAUUGGGAAAAAUAAAUACAGUAAAUGGACAAAAGUACAAAGAUUCACAAAAUGUUUAGGGGUAUGUGUACCCCUGCCGUCCCCCCAGAAAAAAGCACUGGCCCCACCUAACUCUAUAUUAAAAAUCCAUUUCUAAAAUGGAGGUUGCAAAGCAGCCAUGUGUUGUGGAUUGUGUGACUACACUGGUGUGGCGCACUACAGCCAAGGAGUGAGAUUGCAGCUCGCUCUUGGGAUUUAUUUUGCCAUGCGUUCACCCUAAUGGUCACUGGCCCCUUGCAAGUCUGAUUCAGUGCCCUUGAUAAACUGAUGCUGGUAUUCACAACAGCAAAUGCAGCUCCUUUACACCAUCCUAAUUGUGCAGGUGAGCUGGCUUCAGGAUGUUAAAACUCCAUGCUUGUUCCUUCGGCCUGUGCUGGCUGAGGCUGACGGCCAGACAAAUGCAAAGAGGUUGCUCAGACGAUGACCUUAUGCACAAUUUCCUUGCUGUCUUACCAUAGGCUGCAGAGUGUCCCUUGCGCCCCGUGGCCUGCCAGCACUGUGAUAUUGAGCUUGCAUUCAACAAACUCCAGGACCAUGAGGACUACUGUGGCGCUCGAACUGAGCGAUGUAGCAGGUGCAGCCGCAACAUUCUGCUCCGAGAUCUGAAGGAGCACCCUGAGGACUGCAAGAGGGAGGCUGAGGAAGCAAGAGUCAGCCAAGCCCGGCCCUGCUUAAACUCCGAACCAGUUUUGCAUAGCGUUCAAACAGUCAGGAAUGUCCUCCAUCAAGACAACUCUGCGCGAUCCCUGCCAAGGUUGAGCCGGUUUCCUGAAAGUAGGCUUUAUAACUGUCUCUCGGGUGACCAGCUGCCAAGUGAGCGCAACAGAAGGAACGUUGCUCUAUCGCAGCCGGAUCAGAAUCAAGGUAAUGGCAGCAAAUGAUCACUUUUAAAAAGAAUACUUGGCAUUUUACAAUGUGCCCCCUCCCUCCCUCACACAUUAAUGUUCAAGAGUGCAUUCUCGGUUAAUUGAAUCUAACCUUUUUGUGCCCCCCUUCCCAGUGGCAAAAACCCUUCUCAAAUUUUCAUGCUGUGUCCUAAAUUUUAUCCUCUCUGGGUAUGUUUAUAUAGGCAGUUGGUGGAUGGAACUUGGGACUGUUUAAAUUCAACCAUCAGUCAUUUUAUUACUGCUGGAAGAUCCUGCUGCUAUUUCCUGGCAGCUAGGAGGGAGAAAAGUUGGCCAUGCUGGCAGUUCCGAGGUGUAAUGACUUCAGCCCUCUGGGGCAGAGAGACUGUUGGGUAGCUUCAUCAUAGUUCAAGUACACAUUCCAGCCAGGGACGACUCCAGAGAGUGCAGAGGGGAUGUGGUGUGUAGGGAGAAUCCGGAGGAUGAGCUAGAGAGGCUUGGAGGGCUGCAUAUGUCCCCCAGGCCUAAGGUGCCCCCCCCCCCGCUGGCAGCACAAUUGGUGUAUUGCAGAUGCUCAAAUCACCUGUCUUCAGGGGGGUAUUGGCUCUCCUCUGCCUUGCUUUCUUGAAAUACAGUUUCCAGCAACCUUUUUGCAUGUUCUGAAAAAUGUAAGCCCAUCUUUGGGUAUGUUGUGCUGAUCUUCUUUUUACAAAUGGAAGGUCAGACAACGAUCAUGAUGAUGGUCUGCCUUUGUUUCUAACAUUUGGUUAUAUUUUGUCCCAUGAAGUCCACCUGGAAAAGAUGACAGCCCCCUUGCCUUUCGGUGGAGAGCCAGAUUGCAACCUGGAUUACCUGCUGGCUCUUAGCUUGCAGCAGGAAAACAGCUCUCAUGAGCACAGUGGCACACAGAUCCGGAGGGAUCUCUGGAAAAAUAUCUGCCCCGCCAGAGCUAAAGCAGCUGAGGACUUUGUUGAUGCAGAUGACCCCGAUAUCUUCUCUCAGGGUUUGCUGGCACCUGCUAAUAAUGCUUUAAACAGGCCCAAAGGUAAGUAAACAUUUGCUGUUGCUCAGAGUCAUUGGUUGAGGUGCUGUGAUGUCAUGAAAUGGUUGCAGGCCGAAACCAUUAGGAGAAUGUUGUAAAGGCUUUGGCUUCUGUGAGGGGUGCAAAAGUGCUGCCAGGGUUGGAAGGGGACCCGAGGGCAGCAGGAGAUCUCUGUUCCAGAAAGGGAGAGGCGAGAUUGCCUGUGUUUUGUUGACAUCAUUUUGUCUUUUAGUGCUGCUUGUAAUAUAUAUUUUUAUAUAACAUCCCCCCCCCCCCAAAAAAGUAUUUGUUGUGUGCUGAUGUGGUUGUAAACUGCUCUCAGACUUGCCUUGAAAAACGGCAUGCAUAUUUAUUUAUUAAAAAAUUGAUUUUGUAGAGGUGCUGGUAGGACUUCAAGUUGAGAUUUUUUUUACCAACUUGCCCAAUCUUAAGCAUUGUGGAAAUUACUGUGUGAGAAAUCUCUUGAUUUCUGCACAGAUAAUGAAAAUAGGGCCUUAAGUAAUGGGGGGUGGAGGGUGGAAUGAGUGGAGAAGUACUGAGAAUCACUUUUUUUCUGGAAUGAGAUGGAACUUCUUGACCUUGAGGAGAGGGAGCUUGAGUUUGUCAAAGGCUCUUGUGAAAUCCCCCAACCUGAAGAAUGCUCUGAGUAUUCUGAUCCUUCCUUCUUUUUUACUGAAGUGCCCUGAAGUAAACUUUUUGCAUCAGAGAGUUAAUUUACUAAUGUGGCUAAAUGUUUGGACUUUAGCUCUGUAGAGCUGGGCUGAGGUCUAUUCUUGGCUACAGAUUUGUUAGCUGACUCAAGGUAACUCAUUAUCAGCCAGUGGGCUUUAUAAAAUGGGAGGAACAGUCACCUGCCUCCUCUGUUGUUUGACAGAGAGUUGUGUUUGUACAGUGCCUUGCACAGGAGUGUGACUGAUAGAAUUUCCAAAGAGGAGGCAGCUAGAUGAGUUAUGUAACCUUGUCCUUCCUUGCUUUGCAGCUGAAACACUGCUGCCUUGUGAGUUUUGUGAGAAGCUGUUCCCUGAGGAAGAUCUAAUCCUUCAUCAGGUUUUGUAUAUAUCACAUAUUUUUUUUCAUGCUGUUAGAAGGGCGAAAUUGGCAGAUAUGCAGAUGGGGCAGGUGGUCCUUUCUUGUGGCUUCCCCAGUGCACUGAAGGCAAAGUUGGGUAGUUCAUGACAACUGGGCCAAAGCUAUAGCUGUCAUCUACUAUCUGGUUUGGAAAGAGGUUCGUCUAUCUGUUCCCCCUUUGUUCAGAUGCCUCUUGUGAUAGCAUUGGUGCAACGGUUCACGAGAUGGAGGAGCCAGUUUUUGUCUUGUGUUUGGAUACUGUUGGACACCAUUUUAAAUCCAGUUGGUGGACUGAACCAUUCAAAGCUGCCCUGAUUUGGACAACUCUGAAGAUACUGUUGCCCAUUUUGGCACGAUGGUUCCUGAGCUUGAGGACCAGAUUUUGGUCUAUGUUUGGAUACCAGCAGUUGUCCACAAAGGGUACAGUUUUCUGGCUGCAGGGAACAUACUGGCAAAGUAGCACCCAGCAGGAUUAAACCCUCCUACAGUGUGGUUUAGGGAAGAGAUGCAGUCUCUCCUUCUCCUCUCAAUCAUAUAGGGUUGAAAAUGUAGGUGACAAUAUUGCAAGAAGCGUCCUAACACAUAGAGAACAGACAAACCUCUUUUCAAAAUAUAAAGUAUUGUAUUAUACUUAAAAUGACUGUGUUUUUAGUUGUCAACUGAAGUGUCUGAAUUAUCACCUUCAGAGACACUGUCAUGAAACAAAUCUGAGACUUUCAAAAAAGCAUUCUGUGAGGCUUUCUCCCCAAAUCAUCUAGAUUAGUAGAUGAUGAUACAAAAUUGAAACAGCAAAUUCUUGUUAUGAUUGGAAGCAAAAGGGGCGUGUAUAAUCUCAUCUUUAAAAGCAGGUAUUUCUGAUAGUAACUGAAAACCAGUGUCUGUUCCUGGGAGUCACCUGUCCUGUUAUAGCUUUGCUGGCUGUGUCUGAUAUGCUUGCUUGCCUUGUGUUAUGGGGAUCUCUAGAAGAAGGAAACUAAUGUAAGUUUCCCCCCCUUCCAUUUUCUAUAUAACAGACUGGCUGCAGUCCUGUCAGCGCUUUGGCAUCCUUCAGCAAGAGAAGCUCUUUUGUCCCUCAGGCUGACCGUCUUCAGGAUCUCUGGGAACAGCUGCAGAGCAGUCAGUCUGCUGGCAGCAGGGAAACCGUUCCUCUGCAGCCCGACUCCUCCAGCAGCCUCAUGCUCCCUUGUGAAUUCUGUGGCGUCCAGCUGGAAGAAGAGAUCCUCUUCCAUCACCAGGUGCUGAGAGCUUGCCUUGAGUUUGUCCCUUGUGGCCGGUGCGCUGCAGGCAAGCCAACUCACUCCUCCUUUGGGAAGGGCCCCCAAAUAACCGGCUUUGUUUAUUGAUCCAGGACCAGUGUGACCUGCGCCCAGCCACUGCCCCCUCAAUAGGAAGAGCCCCAUCACAGCAAGGGACUCCGGCUGUGGAUAACUUGGAGAGAACAAGCUCGCCAGAUCUGCCUAGAAGACGCAUCCGGCAUCAAGGUAUUGUCAUUGGCAAGCCAAGCAGGUUCUCAGGUUAAGAGCUCAGGAGAGCAGAGGAGGAGAGCCUGUUUUGCUGCCCACAGCAGUUCUGGAAAUGGGAGAUAAUCCGACUCAUGUUUGCCAAAGGCCAUCUGUGCACCUCAUUUGCAGAGACUUGCCGUUUCAUUGCACUGCGGUAGAGUAAUAUGCAGGAUGGUUUCCAUUCCUGCUUAUUGUGGUGCUUGGUGUAUCUCUAUACUUGCAGCCAAUGGACAUGCAACCCUUUGGAUUAAAGCCCAGAGGAUUAAAUUUUCAAGGAGUUGAUCUUGUAUAGCGUGGCAGCACCUGCGCUUUGGAACAUCCUGCCUAAUUGAUAUUAGGCAGGUGCCCUCACCAUAUUAUUUUGGAUGCCUGCUAAAAGCAUUUAUUUCAGGAAGUCUACCCAAACAUAUGAUUUUGUUUUAAAAGUUUUACUGAUUUUUUAAAAAUCUGUUUUAAUUUAUUGUUUUGUGUAAGUUUUUCAAAAGCUUUGUGGAUUUUAGCUCUGUUUUUAUCUACGGUUUAUUUUUGUUUUUAAUUACGCGCCACCUAGAUGACUCUUCAAUUAAGUGCUUUAUAAUUCUUUCUAAAUAAAAUUCUCAGUGGCUGGACAGUGUUGCUGUUCAUCCUCUUCGAAGGUGAACUGUUUGUUGGCUGUAGUGCCUGGGGCAGUUUUAACAUCAACCAGCCUGUGCAGCUAGUUCAGGUCAUCUCUUGGGGCCAGAUCCAGCCUGCUUCAUAUCUGUGGCCAUUUCUCUCCGGCGCAGUUCCUCACUUUCUUUUUUCCUGCUUCAGGGGAAAUCUCACCUCAGUACCUUGAGGAGUUCAGGCAGCAGAAGCCUCCCCACCCCAUCAGAGGGAAUCCCUCCCGCAACAACCUGGUGGCUGCCAGACACAUUCAGCAGGCCCCUCCCAACAACACAAGAGACGACAAUCUUGGGCCUUCAGAACGAGGCAAACCCAAGGAGCUGGGUAUUGGUGGUGGUCGUGGAAGAGGGCUGAGUGACCAUGCAGCUGCCGCCCUCCCCACCAGGCGCUGUCCCUUCACUGUCUCUCCUAGUGGCUAUGUGCCCAGCUUCCCUGUCACAGUUCCAGCUCGGCCCAGGUAGAUGCUGGUUGCUUGAGGAAGGGGCUGUUUAUCUUGUUAUCAAGCUACAAAUCUGUUUCUUGCCUGUAAGUUAAUGGCAGAACCAAAUUCUCUGUAGUACAGAACUUCCUGGUAUGAAUCUCCUCCCAUUGGCAGGACCAUGUGGACGUGGUGGUGUUUGAGUCCUGCCUGUUCCCCACUAACUGGUCUUGAGGGGAGCUGUGCUCUAACUUCUGUGCAGCAUCCUGGGCUUCCUCUGAAAAUACUUUGUGGGGGGCUUUUGCUCAGGUGGUUUUUGACUGGAGGCAGUAGCAGCUCCUCUGUGAUCUCUUGAAGAGGAUGCUGGUUCUUAUUAAAGACUUUCUUGUUACAGUCUGCACUUCAUUGAUGUGCUGCUCUUGACCAUUAAUUCAAGGACUGUUUGGUAGAUUGGUAGUUUUGUUUUGUUACAAAAUCCUAAAACAAAUCUUGAACUACCCUGGGAGGGUUGAGUCCUGAAAGACAUGUUAGAAACCUUUUAAGAAAGUGGCUUAAUAAUGUUGAAGUGAAGGAAGUUUUAGAUUCCAAUGGCAAAUGUUGCCUUACCUCUUUCUCUCUCCCCCCUUGCUCCCACAGCUUGAGAAGAGAAGGUGUCAGGAGUCCUGCUAGCCCUUCCCAUUACAACAACACCAAGGUAAGAACUGUGGCAGGCUCCAGUUCUCUCUUCAGGCUCAUGGUUCUCUGCGAGUUCAAAUAAUCAAAUGCACAUACAUUUUUAGGGCUGUCACCCCAACCCCAAAGAAAUCAUAGGUUGCAUUCCUAAGGUGGAAGCAAAAACCAGAGGUACUUCAACUGCCUCAUCCCUAAGGCCUCUCAUCAACAGGGCAGAAAAUUGUUGCCAUUUCCCUCCCAUUGAUAAUUAUGGGAGGGAAAUCAGAGGGAGAGAUGGAGGCCGGCUCCUGAGCUGCUCUAAAUCUCUGCCAGGGUUGGGAGUGUGUUGGGCUAUUGAGUUAGCUUUGGAUCCAAGCUCUUUCCUAGUUGUCCUUCUCCUUGGUCCUGUCUGCAUCAGUUCUGAGACCAGUUGGAAGAGUUAAGGGUUUCUACAGGGACUGACCAAACUGCGGGAGGCAGUGGAAGACAGGAGUGCCUGGCGUGCUCUGGUCCAUGGGGUCACGAAGAGUCGGACACGACUAUACGACUAAACAACAACAACAGGGACUGAGAGGAGAGAUUCAACAUCAUUGAAGAAGACCCAACAUAUCCUAGGGGCCGUAUCAUUGCAGUCCUAGUUGAUCAAAUUAGUUAAAAUCAAUUGCUUGUUUCUACAUAAAUGCACAUACAGUGGUACCUCGGGUUACAUACGCUUCAGGUUACAGACUCCACUAACCCAGAAAUAUUACCUCGGGUUAAGAACUUUGCUUCAGGAUGAGAACAGAAAUCGUGCUCCAGCAGCGCGGCAGCAGCAGGAGGCCCCAUUAGCUAAAGUGGUGCUUCAGGUUAAGAACAGUUUCAGGUUAAGAACAGACCUCCGGAACGAAUUAAGUACUUAACCUGAGGUACCACUGUACAAGUAGGACAAGAAAAAGCAUACUUUGUUUCAGAUGUUAUAUUUUUGAAUACUGUGUGCCAUUUUAGAGGCAUUCCUUGCUGUGUGAAUGUGAAGAGUGCCUCACUUAAGCAAAAAGGAAUGAAAGUGCCCUAUUAGUGUGUUAAAGCUUUUUCUAUCAAAGUCUGCAGCCACAUAUUCUGCCUCUCAAAGUCUUGAAGGGGGCACUGAAGCUAUCUAUCUUGUCUUUCAGUCAUCUGGCUUCUGUGGUCUUUCCAACACUGGACCCAUGCACUCAAUUAUACCUUUGCAACUAUGAGGCUCAAACUUGCUCAUUUUUAAAACGCAAGUUGAGAUCUGUGCCAUCGUACCUUACUUUCUGUAUGAUUUUUCUUGGACUCCCAUAGAACCAGGACAUGGCUGUGCAUGUGCUUUGAAGUUUGAGCUGUAGUUCUGACAAGGCAAUGCUACAGGACUUCUGAAUGGGGAGAUAAAUUCUAGUUGAUGGCAGAUUGCUCUGUCUCCUUCUCCUUCAAUUCCUGCCAUUCUCUUUUGCAGGUGAAACCGUGGCAAGCUGAAUCGGACUACCCGGACAAAGAGCAAUAG